GAGUCUGGGAAAUUCAUUAGCAAUGUGAGCAACUUCCUUUUUCUCUGCAAGGCUGCUGGUCUUCUUCAGCCUCCCGUUUCCUGAAGGUGUGUGCCCUGCAGUUUCAGCACCUAGCAGCAAACUUGUAAGAAAGACCAGUAGAUGAGGAGGUAAGCCCUGGCUGCAGGUUCUUCACAAUUCUUUGUAAUUUUAAAAAAGGGAGGGCUUGUCCAAGGGGCCGAGUGGUGUUCCACUUGUCAUAUGCUUUCUAGGCAUGGCUCCGAGCAGUUUUGCCAUUCCCCUGCUGCUUUGCCCUGGAAAACCUGCUCUUUAGUACUAAAUCAGAGCAAAUGUCAAUUUCGAGAAAACCCAACCGACGUUUGCUCCAGUUCAGUGCUAAUUAUCAGGUUUUCCCAGGGAAGUGUGGGUGAGCCCAGAGAGUGUGGAAUAAGAGGGUGGGGAAAAUUCAGGCUAACACUUGGGUAAGGAUGACAUCUUGUGGACAAUGCAAAAAGGCAUGCACACCUAGGAACACACAGCUUUAAGCUGCCGUGUGAACUUAGCCCUAGAUGUGACUUAAGAUCUAUCCUAAACUGCCUCUGCUGCAGGGUGCAGUCACUGAGGCUGGUGGUUUGGCCUGCCUUUCGUUCCCCCUCCCUUCUGCACAAGCAGUCUCUCUUGUAAAAGUUGCACAGUAAACUAAUGGUCAGUUUAUUUGCAUUGUUUACAGUGAUUUAACUGACUUCAGGGGCUUGUGAUGGGGGAGAGUGUCUUUAAACAUGCCAUAAGGCCAGACAUGCUCUGUUGAGUCCUUUGUGGUCCCCCUUCUGAAGGGCACAAGGAGGGCUUUCAAAAUAGAAAUUUGCUUUGGUUUUUCAAUUUCCUGCAUCAGUACAAAAUGGAGGGGAGCUACACAGACCCGCAUUAUGCACGCUCAAAUGUUAGUGGUUCUGUGCUCCUAAUUAUGCCAACUUCAUUUUAGGAGGUUGUGGGGGGGCUUCCUAAAUGCUUCCAUGGUGCAAAAUGAGCCCACUGGCAACCUUGCUCAUGAGGAAAUGGUGUGAGUGGGAGCUGGACGUGAGAGGGAAGUAAAAGGUACUCUGAGAGAGGUGCUGGGGCUCAAUCUGCUUCCUAGCCCUCAGUUCCAGUGCAUGUGAGCAAGCCAAGUGGUGAGACAUUUUGCACAUGCUCAGAGCACUCUUGUCAUCUGAAAAGGGGAAACAGAGCCAGGAGCUGCAUGCUGGUGUUGUGACAUGGUCCCAGAUCUCUCCAAUGGGGACGCCUUUGAUAAUUGCUUUGAUCAGGGAGAGAUGUGGCUUAGUGGUAAAGCAUCUGCUUUGCAUGCAGAAGGUCCCAGGUUCAGUCCUCAAUCGCAUGUCCAGUUAGGGCUAGGAGAGAACCCUGUCUGACAAUUUGGAGAGCUGCUGCCAGGCAGUGUAGACACUACUGAACUACAUGGAGCAUUGGUCUGACUCAGUGUAAGGCAGCUUCCUGUGCUCCAUUUUGAGUCAGGAUUGACAACGUGGAAGGUAUUGUGACCCGUUGAAUUCACUAGAAUUUGGAAAGGGAUAUCAUGACAGCCUCCCUAGUGAAAAGUAGGACCUACUGGUUGCACCUGUGACCUUUCAGGUGAGGAGUCUGACUCAGCCUCUCACCUGUUCAUCAGAUUCCUGCAAUGGACACUACCCAUGCAUUGCCGCCAUAAUUCAUGCUUCUGUGCCAGUUUGCUGUGGCUGUAAAUGCUUGGUGGCUUCCUUUGCUGGGCACCAUCUAUGGGGAUUUUGUGAAGUCUCCUUCUGUGCUGCUUGGGAUGUCUCCCUUCACCUGCACUACCCAGUUCUGACCAGCUGCCUGGAACCUGCUUCCUUGCUCUAGAUCUUGCCCUGCUUCUGGUUUCACUCUGCGCUAUGUCCACCUUAUCUAGACUUUGCCAAAUACCUUCUGGGCUUUGCAAGGGGUGAGGAGAUGCAGGAGACAGCCUUUGGGAGAGGAGAACCAAAUGUUUUGAUCCAGGAAGGUAAAUUCUGGAGGAAGCAGUCUGUCCUGAGAGUUGGGUAGAGGAACACAAUUCAUGCAGGGGCUUCUAGAUAGGGACAAUAUUGUAAAUGGGUUGUUCAGAUAUCACAGAUAUCACAGAUGAGUGACUGGAAACAGAUUAUGGUUUUGGUUUGGUUUGGUUUAAAAAAAAAACUUAUCAGAUUUCCCUUCAAAAGGGUGAAUGUGGAUUAAAUGGGGUGGGGGAUACAGGCUGGCAUUUUGAUCUGAUGGUGUCAGGUGGAAUGCAUGAGGAGCAGACAUCCCACAACAAACCCUUGUCUGGAAGCACACCACAUCAUAGGUUUUAUGCCACCCAGAUUUUCUUGGUCUGUUUUACACACACACACACACACACACACACACACACACACACACACCCCUUGCCUCUGGCAACCAGCGCUGAGAUGGGAGAAUGGCUUGCAUUGCCUUGUCGCCCCUCUGCUUCUCCUUUCCUGCUCUGCCAGGGAGGAAGGGAGUGUUUCAUCCCAGAGGCAAAUAAAUUCUGCAGGUUCACACCUAAGUAGUUUGGGAAGGGGGGUGGGUUGGAGGAGCAAACUGACUGCUCACAGUCUGAGACCUUUCCAGUUCACUGUCACCGUGCUCUGCAGCCAAAUCAGGCAAGCCUACACUUUGCAGCCACCACCUUCCUGCACCUGGUGCUCUCUGCAGCUGUGCUGGCUGCGUUCCUUUGCCCAUUGGGGCAGCAAAACAUUUGGAGGGCACCAGGAUGGGGGAAGAAGACUGACCUGUGCCAUAGACAGCAGCCAAGAUGGUGCCCUCCAGAUGCUACAAUUCCCAUCAUCCCUAAUCAUUAACCAUGCAUGGAUUUGGAAGAGAACCAUCUUUGGGGAAUGACUGGCUUUGGGGAAUGACUGGUGAAGGAGGGACCUGGCUUUGGGAAGAGGGGAAAUGGCAUUAGUGGCUUGGAUCCUCAAACCCUGGAGAUCCACUGCCAGUCAAUAUGGACAGUACUGAGCUAGAUUGGAUCCAGUUUAAGGCAGCUUCCUCUUUUUCUAUUAAAUCAGCCCUUCAUUCAGAAUCCUGAGUUCCACUUUGUUUGAUACCAGGAGGCAAAAGCUCCAACUCCAGGCCCACCAAGCAAAGCCUGGCACUUUCCUCCAAUGUGUUGUGGACCAGCCUUUGCUGCUACCUCUUCAUCUCCAUCUAGGAGCACAUGCUUCCUCUGGUCCAAGAUGUGCAAUCAGGUUUUGCUCAUUGGGGCAUCAAAAUCCUUUGCAUAUGCUGUUGGGGCCAUUUUGCUUCUCGUCUAGGAAAGCGCCUAGUGCCCCAGAUCUCACAUAGCCAACACCAAGCCUAAAUCAUGCACCUUGUUCUUCUCACCAUAUCAAGCAAAUGCAUGAAGGAGACCAGAGUCUGAGAUUCUGCUCUUGUUUCCAGACAAAGAAUGGAAGAGGGGGAAACUACAGAGGAGACCACUCACAGGCUUCAAGAGGUUGUGAGAAAGGAGACACAAAGCUGGCUGUGGAAGGAACACCCUCAUUCAAGUUCCAUCAAUGAGUGACCUAAAUCAACCCCAGGCAGGCCUUGGAUUUUGAGCAAAUCUGUCCCCCCCCUUUUUUCCUUAAUGAGUUCUCACAAGAGAAGCUCCCAUAGUGUAGAUUUCACUGCAGCAUCUAUAAUUAUCCUCCCAAACAGAAUCCACUCCAGACAUCCAACAAUUAUUGAGUGGUUACGACCUAGGGGCAGUUGCCUGUAGCCUUCAUCCAACUGCAAGGGAGAUGCACCUGGAAAGCUCUUUGCACAUAUGAACAUGAGCAUCCAAACGACCUUAGCAACCACCUGGUCCAGCCUCCAGCCUCCAACAGGGGACAGCUCAAUGCUUUUAAGGGUAUGGAGGCAGCUUGCCUAUCCCCCACACUUCAGAGGAAGUCUCCCUUCUAGGAACUAGUAAAGAGUGCUGGGGGGGGGUGCAGUUUGACAAGGGAGACCAAACCUGAAUCUUCAUUCAUUAUUACAGAAUAGACAAUAGACUCUCUAUAUCUAUCUGCUCAGUAUCCCAGGAGACUUUGACCUCUGUCUGGACCAAUGUCAGUGGGAGGAAGACAGAGCUGUACAGGUGAAUUUAGACGCUGACACACUCUGAUAAGUCCAUCCCUUUCCCAGGUUGCAAUAGUCACCCUUGCCAAUACACUCUCACCGGUCAGCAGCAUCACUUGCAAGGUAACCAGCACCUUGGACCACCUGGGUAGCGAUUUAUGGGCAGAACUUCUGGACAAAAGCCCAUUGCGUUCCAGCAACCAGGAGCUAUACCCUUCCUUGGCCAACACACACAAAAGAAUCUCACUGAGCAGACCCAGCUAUUUUUUAAUCCCCCCCCAGGAGAGGCAGAGAGAGCCAUGUGCUGCCGCUGCCGCUGGCAUCUCAUUUCCUGCGACUGCAGGCAGGGAGGGGGAAAAGAAAAUUCCGCAGGGGGCUAAGGAUGAAGCAGCGAUGAGUGCCGCCUUGCAGGAGAGGGGCACAGGCACAGCACAUCUCCCUGCGCUCCACCCAUUUCACAGAUCAGAGGGAGACCGAGACCCUGGCCUUGCGCGGCACAAAAUGGGGAGCGUGCUUUUCUUCCAAAGGCAGCGGCUACCCCAGCGCCAUCCCUGCCUGCACAUGGGACACGGAAGGGGACCAGAGCGUCUUUGCUCAACGCCCGACGGUAACAGUAAACAGGGUGUGGGUCGGGAACAGAGCACUGAGGCUGUGCAACCCUAGAGCGAGAUGGUGCCCAGGUUUUCAGCAUAGAAAGCCAGUGGGCGAGCAGGUGGCGACCUGCAUAAAGAGAGCUCAGAAAAUCUACUGGGGAGACCCUGACCCAACCCAACUCAGCAGUUCCUCCCCCCACCCUCCCUGUCACUGUGUAGAAAGGGUGCCCGGGUCGCCAGCCAGGAAGAUUCAUGAGAAAUCCCGUUUUGGACUGCUCUGGAAAUACCAGGUGCUCAUAUGCAUCUUUUGUUCUUGCAAAAAAAAUAAUUAAAAUCUCUAUUUCAGUUCGUCUGAUUCCGUCCUCGCACCCCUCCUCCUCCCCACUUGCCAAUGGAAGAGACACCCACCUUUCUGCCGAGGACGACAAGGCAAAGCCAGAGAUCUCAGAAAGACACGCUGGGGAGGAUGCAAUAAUAUUUCCCCCAAUCUUCUGCAGAUCCUUGCUUGUGCCUGGGAAGAGUAGCCCCUUUGCAGAGAGAGAGAGAGAGAUUGCAGAAGGAGCGCUGCCCUCCCUGUGUGUGUCAAUCCAACGAAGGGAGCUUUGCUGGUGCAGCUGCUGCUAUCAGUAUAAAAUGCAUCACAAAGACCACCAUAGACCACUACUCGGCCCCCUCCCCUCCUUCUAAAACAUCUGUGACGUCUGCAGUGCAAGGAAGCCAGGGCAGAUUAACCCUUGCCUUGCUGUGCCAGGCCCUCUUUUCCUCUCUCGCUCUCUCAGUCUCAAGAGCCAGGCAAGGGAAGCCUGGGUUCAGGAUAUGGAGAAUUGGAAGGCACCUAAGAGGUCAUUCAGCCUGUCCCUCCUGUCCCAGACAGGAGCUGUAUGCAUAACAACCCCAAAUCAGAAUCUUGGUUAAAGGGAUAUCUGUGGCCUGUUGUCAGUGUUUCACUCGGGGUGUAGCCAGGAUUUUUGUUGGGGGUGGGGCAGCCCAAGUUGUUGAGUUUUUCUAGGCACAGCUCUGGGAUUUAAAGCUCCAUGUCCAAACAGUUUUAUUUUUUGUCCCAAUGCUCUCCCCAAGUAAAACCCAUGUUCUACUGCUGAAUCCAGUCUUCUGUAGAUUGUCAUUUUCUCCUAUUCAGCACUAAAGAGCAGGUUUUCCCAGGGAAAGCACCAGGUCAAAAUAAUAAAAAUGCUCAGACCCAGAGCUUUAAAGUGUGGACCUGUGCCUGGAAAGUGUGGCACAAAAGGAAGUCUGGAUGAGCCCUAUGUCUCAUUAAUGACUUAUAUUUUUGGGAAGAGCAGCAGCUCAGUUGCUUCUGACCAAAGAGGGUCCAUUUAGGUCUCAGAGCUUAUAUUUUUCAUGAGUUUGUCUAAUUUCCUUCUUAAAACCACCAGAGCCUGUGCAGAUGGACAUGAGAUAGCAAAUGAGGUGAGAAAUGAAGCAAAAUCGAGCACAAGUCAAUAAAAAGCAACUUAAUUAAAACCUUGUAGGUGACCCAACAAAAGGAAUAAUUAUGAGAUCCAUCUCAGCCAAUGAUGGGCCUGGAUUAAGAAUUCCAACAUAUUCACAUCUUCAGAAAGUAACUAUUAAACAUAUUAAAACUUGUCCAGAAGUGUCUUCACAUGCCACUGCCACCUGCCAUGUGUAGCACCAUUGGGAAUUCACGAGCUCUGAAUUUCUUGUCAAAAAGAAAAAUUAUUGUUGGCACAAUUUUUAAACAGAUCCACGUGAUUCCUCCCCCCGCCCCCACUCCCUUGUGUCACUGAACAAUUGAACAGGCAAUGUCAAAGGUCCUUGACCUUGUCUCAUCUGUAGUGGCAGAGGCCGCAAAUUGCCAUGCACAACCUGGUGCCUUCCAGGUGUUCUGGACUGCAACUCCCAUAAGCCACGCCGACUGGGACUGAUGAGAGCUGUACUCCAAAGCACCUGGAAGUUAGGUAAAGGCUGUUGCAAGACGUCUUUGUUAACAUUCCUUCAUUCUAUGGCAGCAAAUUCCAUAUUUUCUGUUUCCUGACUAGAACCUUCAGAGCCAGUCACAAACUUUUUGCUGCCUGAAGCAAAAGACAAAAUUAUGCUCCCUCCCCAUCUAGGUACAGAAACCGACUGGAUUGCCAGUUAGCUCUUAUUUCAACACUGUUGAUGGGACAGCAUCCACCACAGCAGGAGGUGGGUGAAAAGAAGGUUAAUUUAAGGUAGUGUAGGCAAGGCACACCUCAGCAUCCCCCUGGCACUGCUGCCCUGCAGCAUCUGCCGCCUGAGGCAGCUGUAUUACUCUGCUUAAUGGUAGGUCCGGCCCAGUGAACCUGGUGGUGGUUAAGUGUCAGUGGGUGAUCCUGAGGUCUGGUUUAAUGCAAGUGAGGAAAGAAGAUUACUUUCUUCUCCCACAUUUUUCUCCUAUUUCUAAAUUGCUUGCAUGCAUUCCCUCCCGCCAGGCUCCCAGCUGUGCAGUCUAGAGCAACAGCCCUCUGGACACACCCUGGUGAUGAUGACAACAGCUGUCUCUGAAGGCGGUUAGGGAUGCUCAGCUCGUGGUGGGCAUCCGCUUGGAAUGAAGGCAGCAGGAGGAGGAGGCCGGGUGAUCUGCAGAGGCUGGAGUUUUGCUGGCUCAUCCAUUUGGGUUGCAAAUGCCACGAGGAGGGGGGGGGCACGGAAAUCUGGGGCACAAAAGCUGCCUGCUGUCGCCCAGAGAGGGAAAGGGAAGCGUCUUGGCCCCAUUCCCAAAGCACAAUGGUCGAGGAGGGAACAUGGUGGGGAGGGGGCUGUUUCUGCUUCUCCGGGUCUGACAUGAAUGCAUUAGCCUCCUGAACCAGAUCUCUCAUCUUAGGCAAGUGGCAACCCAGGUGAUGCUGAUCAGCACUGACAAGCAGCCACUACUACUCUCUCCGCCUUUGAACGUAGCUGGCGAUGCAGAAUGCAGGAGUUGCCCCACAGCGAGGAAUAAUUCAUUUCUCUGGGUAGGACGGAAAGAAGCAUGGCCUAAGCCUUAAAGGGUCUGACUGUAGGAUGUAGGGCCAGUGGAGUGGAUCCAAGAUUGCAGAUUCUGAGGAAGAGGCAAGAUGGCAUACCUCUGGCAGGCCGAGAAAGCAGAUAUCUAGGACUUGAAUUCCCUUGCUGAAGCUCCAGUGCUGAUUUUAAUUAUUUGGUUAGAUAUCAGAACGUAAGAAGAGCCCUGUCAGAUCAGACAAAAGACCCAUCUAGUCCAGCAUCCUGUUCUCACAGUGGCCAACCAGAUACCUGUGGGAAACCCACAAGCAGGACUUGAUGGCAGCAGCACUCUCCCCUCCUGUGAUUCCCAGCAACUGGUAUUCAGAGAGACAUGCUACCUCUGACAGUGAAGGUAGAAUCCAGACACUGUGGCUAGUAGGUACAUAUAUAGCAAACUCUGCAGCUGGGCAUAUCAGACUACCUGGCCCUUGGUCUGGAUUCUAUCUGAAAAAUAUUGAAUGGUGAUUGAUGCAGAGUAGGGUGUAGUGAAGGACCCUUUUGGGUAGACCUGGAACAGAGACCUUAUUUGCAAACAGGGCCGAGUCCCAGAGCUUGUGGCACAACUGCAAAAGUGAAGUGGGCUUUCUCCACAUCACUUGGGGCUCAUCCAGACGUCCUUUUGUGUAGCGGUUUCUCGGCACAGGUCCGCACUUUAAAGCUCCAUGUUUUAUUGUUUAUUGUUGUUGUCCUGGUGCUUCUCCCAGGAAAACCCACAUUUUACCACUGAAUUGGGGCAAAUGGCCAUCCACAGAAAACCCUGGGGAGAAAGGAAACUACCUUUCCCCAGGUACAGUGACCCAGUCCACUCUGCCACUCCUAGGAGAUGCACUACUGCAACCUCACUGCGGGUGCUCCACCAGGAUCCUCUCAGGAUCCUUGCUGUGGGUGGUGGGAGCCACUGUGAGCCCUCCAGUCUGAGAGCAUCCUUCCUUUGCAGCAUGGCCACAAGCAUCAGGCUCCUCCAGGUAACUAUUUACAGAGCAUCCAUCCUGAUCUGCCUGCGCAAAGCUUACACAGAGGUUAGGCUAUGUCUGACCUUUGGUGAGCAUUUGUUCAUGCCACAUGUUUCAGUGCAUUUUCCUGUCACAUUCCUCACCGCAAAAGGUCUGGGUUGUGUGUGGUGUUUUUUGGGAUUUGCUGCCUAUUGUCUAUUUUAAACUGGAACUCCCGGCCUACUGAGAUUAGCAGGCUGUACUCUUUUUGGUGCCUGCUAAAAACUCUUGUUUAGACAACUCAGAUGCUUAGGAAGUUGAAGUAAUUUGUAAUCUGCUUUAGUAUUUUAACUUUUGCAUGCUUUAACGUAGGGUUGUGAAUUUUUCUUGCCAUUAUUAUUUUAUCUUUUUGUAAACUGCUCUGAAGGUUUUUUUUACCAUCAGGCGGUGUAUAAACUUUAUGAAAUGAAUGAAUGAAUGAAUGAAUGAAAUGCUUCGAUCCUCUUUAAUUGUGCAAACCUAAAUCUGAUAUAUGCUUGAAUUCCUCUUGUAAAAUAGUGGCCGUCAGGAAGCACUCAUUGAUACCCUCUGGCACCUCUCUGGCAUGCACUGUUUAAAUCCAGAUACUGUUGCCCUCAAACUGCUACUUGUAUUGCUUCUGUCCAUAGUCAGAGCACGCCUGUCCUCAGGAUGCUUCCCACACACUUUCUUGCAGGCUGCAGCAUCCAACCCACCUGAACUGAGAAAGGCAACUUUCCCCUUUGCCACACCAGUCACAGACCCCCUUGCUUGGAUGCCCUGAUGCAUCUUGGCAAAAUGCAUCUGCCCCCUUGGAAAGGCACCAGGCAGGCAGGCAGGCAGGCAGGGUGUGACUGGCCAUCCUCAGUGCCUUGCUCAGCAUCUCUACUGGUGGCUCGGUCAGUCCUGUAUCUCCAUGGAGACAGCCAAUCAUGGGCAGACAUCUUCUUUUCUCUCUCCACCCUGAAAUUCAUCACUGCAUGGUCCCACUGGAGUGUUUAAAGACAAAAUGCAAAUUGUUGCCUGUGCUGUAAUUAUCGAUGUGAGGUGCAAAGGGCUGCAUUUCUAGGGACAUCCUAAGCUCAGCAUGCAUCUCAGCAGUGAAACAAACAAACAAAAAAUUGGGAGGGUGUUCAGUGUCAGGAUUUUCAAGAGGGGAUAAGGCAUAAGAGAUUAUGCUCCUGUGCAGAGGACAUUGAAGGAGAUGGAGGCCAACAUGAUGGGCAAUGUGGUCCUAAGCCAGCCUUCCUCAACCCGGUGCCUUUGAGAUGCUUUGGGCUACAGCUCCCAUCACCCCACAGGCUGAAUGAUGUUGGGGCUGAUGAUGACUGUGGCAGAUGGGAAUCCCAAUCCAAAACAUCUGGAGGGCACCAGGUUGAGAGAGGCUUCCUGGUCCUGUCUCACUUCAGUGAACAAAUGUGUUAUUCCUCCCUGUUUUCAGCCUCCAAAGGAUGAAUGCCGCUGGGCUUUCACCUGCCUGAGCCUGCUCCCUGUCCACAAGGCAGAAAGCGGUGACUUUGGGAGACCACCAAGUUCUGCCUUGCCUGCCUAGCACACCCCUUUUCCUGAUACCCACACUGCGGGUACCCCCUUACUUUCAGCUGUAUAUCUCAGACUAGGAGCCAUGUGGAAUGUGAUACUACGGAGGUGGAGCAAUUUCAGUUUCUAGGAGCAUGAACUGCAUGCUAUGGGCUAUGAAAGCUUCUCUCCAGGUUAACCACUCUCCAUUAAUGUGUUGUGAUAUUUGCAGUGAACUGGAAAGACCGCUAGUACAUGAGCAUUACUAUAAGGACAUAAGAUGAGCCUGUAGCAGCACCAGGCCUAUGGCCCACCCAGUUGGGCAGCCUAUUUUUGCAGCAACCCACUCAAUGCCUGUGGGAAGCCCGCAAGCUGGACCCUGCCCACUGCUGUUCUCAGCAACUAAUACUCAGAAGCAUAAUGCCUCUACAGUGGAGGUAGAACAGAGACAUUACGGCUAGUAGCUGUUGAUUGCCUUGCGGCUGGUGAAUUAGGAAGGCUUCCCAAUCAAAUCUCACCCUCCCACCCACAAACCCACAAGGUGGCCAUAGGUAGGCUAACGCCUCCCAUAUUCAGCCUCUUAAGAUAAGGAUAUAAGCCUGUUUUGAAGGCUUGUUGGGACGCGGGUGGCGCUGUGGGUUAAACCACAGAGCCUAGGACUUGCUGAUCAGAAGGUUGGCGGUUCGAAACCCCGCGGCGGGGUGAGCUCCCAUUGCUUGGUCCCUGCUCCUGCCAACCUAGCAGUUUGAAAGCACGUCAAAGUGCAAGUAGAUAAAUAGGUACUGCUCCGGCGGGAAGGUAAACGGCGUUUCCAUGCGCUGCUCUGGUUCGCCAGAAGCGGCUCAGUCAUGCUGGCAACAUGACCCGGAAGCUGUACGCCGGCUCCCUCGGCCAAUAAAGCGAGAUGAGCGCCGCAACCCCAGUGACUGUCACGACUGGACCUAAUGGUCAGGGGUCCCUUUACCUUUACCUCUGAAGGCUUGUUAGAACUGUAGAGUUGGGAAGAUCCCAUGAGUCAACUAGUCCAAACCCCUGCAACUGUGGUUAAGUAUGUGAAGUGUUUUAAGCACUCUAGAAGCACCCUCUAAAUGCUAGCUCCUGCUUGCUAUUUUUGCUGGGUCUUGUUCCGUACCCUUUCUGAUUCCCUCAGUUCCCUGUACUCGGAAACGGACAGAAGUUUUCUGAGGCAGCUUUUCUCCACGAGCGCACGCAGCAAGAAGCAAUCCAAGGGGGCCCUGCCCUGCCCCCCUUGGGGAUACAAUACUACUAAGGGGAAGGCAUUGCCUUCUGCUUGGAAGGAGCUGACUGUGCGUAUAAAGGAAGCUGCACAGUGACACAGAAAACUGCCCACCGGGGACCCCCUCCUCUCUCUACCUCAGAUGCCGCCGCCGCUGUUGCUGCUGCUGUGAGCCAAUCCUCAACUAUCCCAUAUAUGGUCAUAGCUGUGCUUAGCAGAGCCCUGCAAAAAAAGAUUCAUCCGUGUGCAACUGAUGCUGCAACCUAUCAGGAAAGAGGCUUCUAGGAAAAACCAGGUCAGAUCGUGGCAUGGUCUCCUCUCUCCCACCCCCACCGACACCCUUCCCUUCCUCCUGGAGGGUCCUCUCUCAGCUCUGCAGCUUGACCCUGGAGGUUAUCUGUACAAGAUUCCCUUCUGACUUCUGGCUCCAGGAUACCUCUUGCUACUUGCCAUACUCCAAAGGAGAGGAGGAGGGGGAGAAGGAGUGCUAAGAGACACUAGGGGCUGGUUCCAUUGUGACGCUCUCUCCAGUGAUAGUCCCCCCUCCCCAAUAUCUUUGGAAUAAUUCCCGGGAAGGAAUGCAGGUGGGAGGGGGCUUGUCCCUCUCCCUGCUUUCAAGUCUUUAACAGCCACUUGGUGGAUAAACAUUUAGCAAGAGGAACUGUUCCUGGCAUGGGGAGAAGUAGCAGCAAAAGACAACACUUGUUUAUUUUCUGCGGCUCAGGCUACUAUUGGAGGCAGAGGAGCAGGGCCGGUAAAAAACGUUGGCAACCGACCAUGGGAAAAAGGAUAUGGUUGUGUUGGGGCUGGUUCUCUCCCCCCACACUUGGGGUGCCUCCAGUAUUUUGCAGGAGGGAUCCAAGCGGAUAAUGCUCAGUUAAAGUAGAUUAAAGGGUUAUUAUUAUUAUUAUUAUUUAUUGAAUUUAUAUACCACCCUAUACCCAGAGGUUUCAGGGCAGUUCUGUAGCUCUGGUGCAACAUUCCACUUUUAAAAAAGCAACAACAGACCUUUUGCUGCAAAACAGAGGCAGGGUGAAGGAAUGAUCAAUGGGAAGGUGUGUAAACAAGCAAAUGAGGACCAAUGCAGGACAUUGUUGUGUAACUGCCCCAGGACAGAUGCUCAGACCAGACAAUAAAACCCUCCCCUCCCUUGAGCCAAUCAGGAGGGAUGCCCAAAUCAAGCUGCCCUCCAGAGGAGGCCUUCUUCUCCCAGGGCCUGAUGCUUGAAGAGACACAACACAUUAGCACCCUGUUUGACACAUCCCAGUUCUUGUUUUUUUUCCUUUAUUUGUUCAAUUUGCACCCCCUUUUCCCACCAUGUGUUGCACAAGUUGGCUAAAACAACAAUACAAACUCAAUACAAUCUAAUAAUUAAACAGCAAUCAAAUGCAAAAUUAAUAAAAUAAAAACAAGGCAGGUUAAGCAUCAAUGAAAGUAACCGUUUCAAACCAAGUUGGGGGUAGAUAAAUCUGUCAUCUUCUGCUUCUCAUCCUCCCCCCGUUUUCAGUUCUCCCCAUUUCCCACAUAAAUUUGCUUUAAAUAAAUAAGUAAAAGACCUAACCAUUCACCAAUGUUUUAGUGCCUGUGUCUCCUAAUCUAAUAGGUAAAGGUAAAUUAGUUGUGGCCGACUCUGGGGUUGUGGCGCUCAUCUCGCUUUAUUGGCUGAGGGAGCAAGCGUACAGCUUCCGGAUCAUGUGGCCAGCAUGACUAAGCUGCUUCUGGUGAACCAGAGCAGCGCACGGAAACGCCGUUUACCUUCCUGCCGGAGCGGUACCUAUUUAUCUACUUGCACUUUGACGUGCUUUCGAACUGCUAGGUUGGCUGGAGCAGGGACCGAGCAACGGGAGCUCACCCCGUCGCAGGGAUUCGAACAGCCAACCUUCUGAUCAGCAAGUCCUAGGCUCUGUGGUUUAACCCACAGUGCCACCCGCAUCCCUGUGUCUCCUAAUAGAUACAUUUUAAUGUAAUUUUGCCUAAUGUUUGCAUUUUUGCAAAUUAUUACCGGUAAUAUAAUGCAUUUCUGUAUAUUAUUUUCACUAAUAUAUGCAUUUUUAUGCACAUUUCCCUCCAGUUCACACAUUUUUGUACUCCUGUUUUGGUUGGAGAAGUGCACCACAAAAUUCAGAGAAGUUUGAAUUUCAAAGGAUAGCCGUGUUUCCAUUCACAUUUUGUUUCAGGAAGUAUGAAUUAGAUAGGUUUGCAUUAACAUGCAAGCGAAACCAAAUUCCUCUCCCAUCCUUAAACAAAAUGCAAAAUAUUUCCAAGUCAGCUUACGGGCCAAAGGCUGGUCUAAAUAAAAAAAUCAUUUGGUUACUAGCAAAAGGCCAUCGGAAAUGGGACUAACCAGGUUCCCUUGGCAAGGCGUUCCAGAGCCUGGGAGCAGCCACCAAGAAGACCCUCCCUUAAGUUCCACUGGGUGUGCUUCAGAUAUCGGUGGGGCAAAAAAAGACAAGCCUCUCCCGGCAAACUUGUAUGCAGUCUUUCCCUUGUGUGUGUAUCUUUUUUAUUAUAAUUUUUUAAAUUUGAUUUUCAAAAAAAGAGAGAGAAAGAGAAAAAAACAAAGAAGAAAGGUGGCAAAGUUACAUCUAAAUAUCUUACACAUUCACGUAUUGAGAUUACUCUGAAUCUCCUGACUUCCCCCAUCCCAUCUGUGGGUCCUCUUAAUUAUGUUUUCAUCUGCAUAUCAGUACUCUCCAAAAUUUUCAUCUUCCUAAGUUAUCUAUAGUUUCUAUUACAUUACAAGUGCUAAAAUCCUGCUAAUGUUUUAACUCGUUUAUAAUAAUUUUGUAUAUCUAUUAUAAACAUUUCCCAUUCUUUUAUAAAUUUCUUGUCUUCUUGGUUCCUAAGCUUCCCAGUUAAUUUUGCCAUUUUGGCGUAGUCCAUCAACUUGGUCUGCCAUUUUUCUUUUGUCUGGGUUGUCUCUUCCUUCCUUCUCUGGGCUAGCAGUAUCUGGGCAGCCGUUGUAGUACAGUGGUACCUCUAGUUACGAACUUAAUUCGUUCCGGAGGUCUGUUCUUAACCUGAAACUCUUCUUAACUAGAGGAGUGCUUUUGCUAAUGGGGCCUCUUGCUGCCACUGCUCCGCCGGCACACGAUUUCUGUUCUCAUCCUGCGGCAAAGUUCUCAACUCGAGGUAACUCUUCCAGGUUAGUGGAGUUUGUAACCUGAAGCAUUUGUAACCUGAGGCCUUUGUAACUCGAGGUACCACUGUAUACAUAAAUAAUUUGUUCUGUUCUUUUGGAAUCUCGGUACCUAUAAUUCCUGGUAAAAAAGCUACUGGUUUUUUAACAAAGGUUAAUUUAAACAUUUAUUUUUCAUUUCAUUAUAUAUCAUUUCCCAUAAUUUUUUGAUUACAGUGGUACCUCGGGUUAAGUACUUAAUUCGUUCCGGAGGUCCGUAUUUAACUUGAAACUGUUCUUAACCUGAAGCACCACUUUAGCUAAUGGGGCCUCCCGCUGCCGCCGCGCCGCCGGAGCACGAUUUCUGUUCUCAACCUGAAGCAAAGUUCUUAACCUGAAGCACUAUUUCUGGGUUAAUGGAGUCUGUAACCUGAAGCGUAUGUAACCUGAAGUGUAUGUAACCUGAGGUACCACUGUACAUUACAGUUACACCUCAUAUGAUAAAAGGUAACCUCUUUUUCUUUACAUUUCCAGCAUAUAUUAUUACUUGUUCUAUACAUUUUUGCUAGUUUUACUCGGGUUAAGUACCACUGAUACAUCAUUUUCAUGCAGUUUUCUUUCAGUUAAGAGCAAGCCAUAAAUUUCAGAUCAGUUUUCCAUAGCCUCUCCCAAUCCGCCAUUUGUAUAUUACGAAGUAUGUCCUACAUCUUUCGCCCAUUUUAUCAUCACAGAUUUUACCUAUUCAUCUUUCGUAUCCCAUUCCAGGAGCAAAUUGUACAUUUUAGACAGUAGUUUAAUUUUCCAAAAUCUCUUUCUGAAAUCUUGAUAAUUCAUAACUAAAACCUUUCUUUUUAUCUGUUUUUGAAAAGUAAUUUAAUUGAUGAUAUUGUAACCAAUCUGUUACCUGUUCUCUCACCUCUUCAAAAUCUUUUAGUUUUACUUGGCCAAUUUGUCCUCAUAUUUACUUUCUUCACAGAUAGUGCUUCUAACAGGGAAAGCCACCAGGGUGUUUUUUGUUCCAGUAAAUCUUUAUACUUCUCCCAUUCUUUAAAAAUUGAUUUUCUUAUUAUAUGAUUCUGAAAGCCUUUGUGUACUUUCACUUUGUCAUACCAUAAAUAUGCAUGCCAUCCAAAUCUAUUAUGGUGUCCUUCUAGAUCUAACACAUCUCCAUUUUACAAAAUUAUCCAGUCCCGGAUCCAACAAAUGCAAGAUGCCUCAUAGUAUAAUCUCAAAUCCGGCAGGGCGAAACCUCUUCUUUCUCUCAUAUCUGAUAGUAAUUUAUAUUUUAUUCUUGGUUUCUUCCCUUGCCAGAUAAAUCUAGAAAUAUAUUUUUGCCAUUCUUUGAAGCAUCCCAUAUGUGUGUAUCUACUAUAAAUUUUGGAAAGUUGUUGGUCCAUUUGGAGAUAUCACCAAACUCGGCACAAGGGUUCUUGGGGUGGGGGCAGUGGUCUUUGUAGACUGGUAUGCCAGGCACCAUUUGAAUCAAGAUGGUGGACUGAAAUAUGACUUUGGCGUGUUAUCACCUGAUUUUCGGUGUGAUGGGCCAAACUGCACCAAUUUAGAUGGCUCUGAAGACAUUGUUACCACAUUUGCUGGGACAUCACCAAAUCUGGCAUGAUGGUCCAGACCAAUGUACAGCGGUACCUCGGGUUAAGAACUUAAUUCGGUCCGUUCUUAACCUGAAACUGUUCUUAACCUGAGGUACCACUUUAGCUAAUGGGGCCUCCCGCUGCUGCGUGAUUUCUGUUCUCAUCCUGAAGCAAAGUUCUUAACCCGAGGUACUAUUUCUUGGUUAGCGGAGUCUGUAACCUGAAGUGUCUGUAACCCGAGGUACAGCAAUUCACACAGUUCUGAAAAUAUUGUUGCCCAAUCUUCUGUGACGGUUCCAACCUGUGCCAGUAUGGAUACAUUUGAAGGUAUCAGGGCUCAACUUAAAACGAGGGUUCCUGAGGGGGAGACAAUUUCCUCUGUGUUUGGUGUUGGGCUCCAUUUGAAUCAGGACCGCAGACUGAUGCAUGGCUUUGGCAUGACUUUGCCCAGUCUGGCAUUGUGAGUCCAAGCUGUGCCAACAUGGACACACAUGAAUAUUUAAUCACCCAGUUUGAUGUGACUUCCCCCAAUUUUGAUUAACAGGUCUAUACUGUGCUGAACUGGAUGGCUCUAAAUUCAGCUUCUUCGCUGAGUGGAGAUUUGAACCCUGGUCUCCCAGGUCCUAGCCCAAAACUAAUCACAACACCACACUUGUUUUCCACUGUAGGAUUUUGUGGGUCAUGACUAGCACCUUGAAUUGUGCCUGGAAAACAGAUGGGUCACCAGUGAUGCCAUUGUUUUAAUGCAGAGUGUCAUAUGUUCCUUAUAAUUUGCCUGGCUACAACAUUCUGAACCUGCUGAAGUUUCCGAACAGCCCUGCGUAGAGGUUAUCACUGUACUCUAAAUUAGAUGGUUUAUUGAUUACAUUUGUUAGAUGCCUGCUACUACUAAAAAAAAGGAGAUGGUGACGGCCACCAACUUGAAUGGCUUGGAUUAGGCAAAUUCAUGGAGGGCCAAUGCCCUCUGACUUCUGGAUGCUUGAAAAUAGAUGGGUCAGAAUCCCACCACUUUUUGCUUCAUCCCGUAGAAAUGAGCAUUUAAAAAACUCAUAACUACAGUAUGUCCUCCUGCACCCUCUGCUGGUCUCGCCUUGGUCAUGACAUCCUUUCAAAUAUGGCUCUAGCUUGGAGGUUCUGUUUUGAAAAGAGAGGGGUAUUUUGGAAAAAUAAGAGGCAGGACUGCCUCCUGCCACUGUCGAAGGCCAGCCAGCAACCGCAGAAUGUCUAGAGCAGGAUGAAAACUACCUAGCUUCAAAAUGUAUUUGAGAACUCAUCUUGUCUAGAACUGUAAUCAGGUAACAGAUUAGUGCAUUGUAUCCAAUGCAGACUCUCCGGCUUCCUAACUAGCCAAUCUCUCUCUCUCCCCUGCCUCCCAUUUACCAUAUAAUCUGGUGAAGAGUUCUGGAGAGCUCAAAAGCUGGCAUACCCUUUUGUGGCCUAAUAAAAGUCACAUUUUGACAUUUUCUUAUGGGCUCACACAGCUGCUUCUACUUUUCAAUUCAGUAUUGAUCCAGUGUCAUGGCAAAUCGAGUGUCUUAGGAUUUAAGCAUCUAAUGCAGUAGAUUAUUUACUUUUCUUGUAGAAGGGCUGAAUGUUCAGUCUUUGGCAUCUCCAAGUCAGGACCCUUGCCUGAAAACCAGGGAAGCCAGCCAGGACAGGUGGACCAAUGGCCUGACUCUGUGUAAGGCAGCUUCCCCUCCCCCCCCUUCAUUUCUGUUUUAGGAAACAUUCAGGGCAGAUAACAAAUAUUUAAGAAGGCAUGAAAUGCUUAAGAUACAGACAAUGAAACAUGGGUGAGGCAAAAUGUAAUGAGUUGUUUUUAAAAAUCUAUCUUCCACAUUUUUAAAGCAAGCUGGAAUGGGUCACACAAGUUUUAAAAAACAGGAAAAUAACAUAACAAAACUAUACUAAACACACAGGAAUUACUUAAAAGCAGCCAUCACUUUUAUAUUGCACCAAUAACAUGAAUUAAUUUAUAUCCACCAAAAUAAAACAGAACUAAUAAAUAUACUGAGUUAAUUAUAACAAUAGCAGUAACCCUGAAGACAUCCUAAGAGGGCAAACCAGACUGGGUGUCACAGGAGUGUGCCAAUCAGUGAUCACACACUUCAAAGAUGGAGUUAACAAACAUGACCUACACAGACUUGGCUGAGUGUCAGGCCUAAUGAGCAGAGCAGCUCAUUCCCAGUGGUCUUCCUUCAUGAAAUCAGUUGCCAAGACCUUUUCCAAGCAAUUGCAGGCAGCCAACCUCUCCUUUGCCCUUUUCAUGCCUCUUCUGGUUCUGGGAGACAAGGGGGGAGACCCUCAUGACUCCACCAGCCCAGCUGAUCUCUGCCUCUUGGCCUCUCUCAUUCCACUCUCCUGCUUCAGCUUCUGCUUCUGCUUCUUGACUGCUCUCUGCCACAGACUCUCCCAGCUCACUAAGCCCUGUUACCUCUUCAGCUUCCUCCUUCCAAUCUUUGCUUCUCUUUUCCCUCUUACUAUUCAUCAUUUUCCUACCACCACUCCUGGGCUCUGAGCCUUCAUCCCUUGGUGGUUCUCCAGCUGCUUCCUUCCACCAUUCCUCUGCGUCCAACCAGUCCAUGACACCAGAGGUGUAGCAAGGUCAGGUGGUACCCAGUGCGAUUUUUUUUUUGUCGUCACCCCACAUUGCAAUUUUUGGGAACGUUGUCCUGAGUUGUUGACCUUUUUUUAGAGAGGUAUAGCCCGCCGGGGGUGCCAACGCCACCUGGCAAUUGCAAUAAAUCAACCACCAAUCGCAUAAAAGCGCCCAUCGGGGAUGCAACCACCACCACCCGGGGGGGGGGUGCAAAUAACACCUGUCAGGGGUGCCAGACUGAUCGUCGGACGUAUUUGCGCAAUCAGCGGGCGGAUUUUCACAACGACGAUUGCUCAAAUUGUGAUCUGCCGGCCAGGCAUGACACCUGGGCCUGACUGCACCCCCUUUGCAACGCCCUUCAUGACACCCUGAUUCAGGGUGAUUGUUUGUAGCAAAACACAAUUGCAGUACCAAGUGUGGAAAAACAACAUGGGAUGGAGACUUCUAAGGGCUAUUGUGGCUUUAACAGAAAAAUUCCUCUUUGCAGAUUCAGCUCAUUUUAUUCCUUCCUGUCCAGUGCAGUUGUGGGAGGAGUGAUGAAUAAUCCCUUAAUUAGUCCUCUUCUAUUGAGAGACAAUUCACCACUGAUCCCCCAGUUUGCACUCCACAGGAAGUGGAUAUAAAUAUUUCAAGGCUUCAGAGGAUCAUGGAAAGGGGGGGAAUGUUGUGGGAUUUUUAAUUGAUAGCUCUCUUUCCCCCCUCUUUCACAAACCUGUUGGUAACACCAGUCCACACUUUAAAGUGCCUUGUCUAAGUGGGUAUUGUUGUUUCCCCCCACAACCUCACUCUUUGCCGCUGGAUCAGAGCAAACGGCAAUCCAUAGAAAACCUGAAUUGCUGUUUGUUCCUAUUCAGUGUUACAGAGCAGGUUUUUGAAGGGAAAGCAAUGGAACUGUCUGAUCGAAGCUAAUGGACCAGCCAGCCCUGGGAUGCACACACACUCACAAUGGUGUAAUGGUAAAUUUUGAAGUGCAAGAGUUCAUCAUGACAGCCCCCCCCCCCAUAGCAGUCCAAAAAUGCAGGCAGCUGGGUUAAUUACACUUGAUAUACACCAAGAGCCUUGGUCAGUACAGCUCAGGAUUGUCUACACCGAUCUUCUCUGGGUCCCCAGAUGUUGUUGGACUGCAAUAUUCAUCAGGAGUGCCAACUUCAAUAAAAUAUGGGAGGGAGAGGGGGCCAGGUAAGCCAAGCCCUUCAUAAUCAGCCACAAGACAAUACACAUGCACACUGUUUGAAUGGCAAUGCCCAUUAACUUUGGGGGGGGGCAGUCUCCUCAAAUACUUUAUUGGGGGGAGCUGGAUGGACCUUGACCCCUAGGAGUUGGCUCCUGUGACUCCCAACAUCCUGGACUGCUGGCUAAGGUGGCUGGAGCUGGUGGGAGCUGCUGUCCAAUAACACUUGAGGACCCUAAGCUAAAGGAGGCUUCUCCACAGGGGCCAGCACAAUCUCUCCAGAGGUUUCCUGGUCCCAUGCCAAGCUGCCACCAGGUGCUCUAUCCCUGAGCUACGGUCCUUCCCACUAAACUCUGCAUGUGCUUAGUGAACGUAUGAAGCCUUCAGACACUGAGUCUGUCGUGCCCCAAAUUUCCUGCUUCGUCUAGGGUCUCAGGCAGGGAAGGGUCUCUUGCAUCCCCUGCGACUGCACCCUUUUAAUCAGCAAUAUCAGAGAUGAAACUGGAUGCCUUCUUCAUGCAAAGCAGCUGUUCUAUGCCUGAGUGAUGGGCUCUUCCCUAGCCCGGUGUCUUUAUGGCUGUCCUCAGGGAGAUGCCCCUUUUUGCCAUUCUACUGUCUCAGUUGCUUUAAUGUUUCUCUGUGACAUUUCAAACAGGAUUGGCUGGCUUUGGGGGGCCAGGGGAGGUAGCCCGGCCCCCUCCUUCUGUACAAAUAGGUCCCUUUUGGUUAUAAAAGAAGCUCCCCCUCAAAAAAAAUAUAUAUGUCUCUGUAACCUUCAGGAUAGGCUGUUGCAGCGAAGCACUGAGGAGGAAGGGGAGGGAAUCUUCCAUAUCAUGGGCAGUUGCCAUGGAAAUGCUUCACAUUUGUUUCUGAAAUCUGCUUCUCCCUCUUUUUAAAGAUCAUGACGACAGAUUUCUCACAAAAGAAACUGUAUCUCCUUCCCUCUGUCUGAGCCUUGUGUAGUGAUGGAGCAGGUGAGACCUCAGUCCUGCCCAGGAGCUGAGUGGAAAGUGAAGCUGCCUGGUCUCAGAGGGCUCCUGCUGAUUGUGACAACAGUGGGGCAAGGGAAGAGGUAGUUGAUUUUCCUCACACUCAAAAGGUGGGAAGGACCAGCAUCCAACUGGCAUGGAUUCCUUAAAGGUUCAGAGUCAAAAGGGAAGAUACAUUGCCCAUCCAAUAACGUUCAGGUCAUGGGGUAUCUACAGGACCUGCUUCUGUUGCCUUUGCUUGUUUAUUAACAACAAAGUAGUUUAUUGAAUUUACUUUUUGCUUUAGAAUUUCAUCAACCAAAGGGCCCUUCCCCAAGGAAGUUACAGAGCAAAUGCUGACACUUGAAAAGGCAUUGUGGAGGGAAAGGAGAAACAAAACAAAGGUGUGUGCAGGAGCCCAGCCUUCCCAAACCAGGUGCCCUCCAUAUACCUUUUGACUACAACUCCUACACUGGCUGGGCAGUAGAUUGGGGAAGGUUGCUCGAGAUCCUGUACUGGGCAUUAAAUUCGUCUGCUUCCCUAUACCAUCAUUUCCUCAGUCUUGACACAACCACACACCCUAUCUCGUGGAUUCCCAUCCACCUGUUCUGCUGCAGAACUCGGAAUCCCAACUUCCAUUUUGGAAAAAGAGUCCAGAGCUUACUUUACCCAGAACUCCUAUUUGCUCUGUUGCCAUUCCUUGCCCAAAUAUUCCAGCCAGAUUCAAGCAGGAGGAGGGUCUCACCUCCAAGGCUCAUCUCCAAGGCUAGGUUAACUAGCCAGUGUGGUGCAGUGGUUAGAGUGUGGGACUAAGAUCUGGGAGACCAGGAUUCAAACUCCCACUCAGCCGUGAAACUCACUUGGGCCAGUCACUCACUCUCAUCCUAACCCACCUCACAGGGUUGUUGUGAGGAGAGGAGAAGUAUGUACACCAUUUUGAGCUUCUUUGAAGAAAGGUGGGCUAUAAAUGUAAUGUGACUUUAGUCAGGAGUCACCCCACUGCAUAUCUUCAGUGCCAACACAUCCUUAGACUGGAAGUCAAGAGUGCCUCUCGGCAUGUGCAGAGACACUGCCUUUACUUUACUUUAAAGCAGGCAUGGGGAACUUCUGCCUCUCCACGUGGGGCUGGCCUACAAUUCCCAUCAGCCUCGGCAAGCAUGGCUAGUGGCCAGGGGUGGUGGGGUUGUAGUUCAAUGACAUCUGGAGGGCCAAAGGUAAAGGUACCCCUGACCAUUAGGUCCAGUCGUGGAUGACUCUGGGGUUGCGGCACUCAUCUCGCUCUAUAGGUCAAGGGAGCCGGCGUUUGUCCACAGACAGCUUCUGGGUCAUGUGGCCAGCAUGACUAAGCCGCUUCUGGCGAACCAGAGCAGUGCACGGAAAUGCCGUUUACCUUCCCACCGGAGUGGUACCUAUUUAUCUACUCGCACUUUGACAUGCUUUCGAAUUGCUAGGUUGGAAGGAGCUGGGGCCGAACAAUGGGAGCUCACCCUGUGGUUGUAGGUCAGUGGGGGAGCACAUGUUUUGCAUGCAGGAAUCAAUCAAUCCAUGGCAUCUCCCAGACAGAUCUGGGAGAGACCCCUAUCUGAAACCCCAGAGAGCUGCUGCCAGUCAGUGUUGGCAGUACUAAGCUAGAUUGAGCAAUGGACUGACUGGGGAUAAAGCAGCUUGCUCUGCCCUUCUGCCCCUUUCCACAGCAUGUAACUGUGACUGUAUGUGAGUAUCAGGCUAAAGAAGGGCUGGAACGAACCCUGAUCAGGGAGAGCUGAAGCUUUUUAGAGGAUGUCUUUCCAACUCUGUCUAAGGGCUUCUGGGUCCUGAAGGCAGCAACUGAGCCUCGGCACUGGGGCUGGCAGUCUGCUGCAAUUACUUUCCUCCAAGCACUAUGCAUCUGUCUCCAGCACUGUGACUUAUGAGCAUCCCUUGUUGUCCAAAAACAAAAGGGUCGGGCGGGAGAGCCCUUCAGGCAAGCAGGCUGGGACUUGCCUGAUGCCAGGCAGGCACCGUGCCCUGGCAGCUCUCCUUUCAGCCUUGGUCUGGGCUGAGGAACAGGAGCAAAAGGCAGAGCCCCACCUGGAGCAGUGUGCAUUGACGGGCACUCGCUGCAGCCAAUGAGGCUGAGAGGCAGGCCAGUGGGGCCCCUCCCUUCUCCCUGUUAGGAGGAGCACAUACUGAUACAAGGGGAGGCGGAGAAGCAAUUCAGAAGGCAGAGCAGGUGAAGGAGGAGGAAGAAGGUGCCAAGCAGCAGCAGCAAGCGGAGCAGUCAAAACAGCAGGCAGCAUCUCCUUCAGUGGAUGGCUUAAGCGCUCCCUCCUGCUCUUCAAACUUCGCACCUGCGGUGGGCAUCCCCUUGGGGCAGACAGACCCACCAAGGUAAGCAACAGCCCUGGUGACCCCAGCAGUCCCAGGGGUUUGGGAAGAGCAAUGGGGUUUGUGUGUUUGUGUGUGUGUUGAUGCUUUUACAGGGAAGACAAUCCCAAGCCACUAUCCUUGUGCUAUCAACAGUGCUGCAGUUAUGGCAUCUGUUUUGUCCUCUCUUUUCUGGUCAGGGCAUCUCCUGGUUGUCUAUCCUUUAAUUCAGGGGGAUGCAGGUAUCGCCCAGGUGUCUAGCAAGCACACAGCUUCAAAGUGAUGUCCACUCACCUGUUUCACCACAAUUAUGCCAGGAAAAGCUAUCUUACCCCAAACCGAUGGAAAAUACCAGAUGCUUUUAAAAUAUGCUUAAUUCCUCGGCAGAGAAGUGAGUGGGUGGGUGGGGGGUUGGGAUCAACUUUUAUUGGAAGUCCUGCCACCCUAAUCCCAAACAGAUAGGAGUGGGAUGGUUUCCCUUGCCUGGGAGGAAAAGCUCUCUGCACAUGCUUAGGGAUACCCAUGAUCUGAUGCUUCUACCGUUGCAUGUUCUAGGGCUGGCAUGUGGAAUUCAAAAUGGGUUCUGCACAUUGGCUCAGAUGAAACCCUCCUUACAGUGCGCCCCACUGGCAUACUCCCUCCAUCCAAACCCCUUGCUGCCCCUGUAGCAAUCCCCCCUUCCCAAAUGAUCUCUCUUCCCCUCUCUCUUCAACACCCCCUUUCAAAAAGAAAACAGACUUUGUGGAUUCCGUGUCUGAGCGUAUAAAAUCUCAGAGUGGCUGGCACUGCAGUGGAGGGGGGGCGGUGGUGGUAGAGGGAGAACGUUCCUGCCUUUAGGAGCUAGCAGAUGGGGAGAGGGAGGAAGGAAGCGAAGGGGGAGGUGUGUGAUGUGGCCUCCUCUCUGGGCAGGAAGAGGGAACCGGCAAUUCAGUUUUGCAGUUUGACUGUGCUCUCCAAAGACCGAGGGGGAAUCCUUGUGCCCAUUCUGCACUGAUUUCCAACACUGCACAGACAAAAAUAGGAAUGCUUGCCUGUACUUGCAACACCCCCCAUUCUCACACAGCAGAGCCUGAACACCCCACCAUUCAACCCCCACAGGUUGCGGGAGGUGGUUGUGUUCCUUCACUUUGCAGUGACCUCUCCUGUGACAGCCUCUGAAGCAGGCGCUGCUAAGCAAAGUGGCCCUGGCAGUUUCCUAAGAACAUGCAAUAGAGCAUUUAAUCUUGGUGUGGAUCUGCCUGGACUUGUGAAAAAGCGGGUGCUCGACACAUUCACAUUCAGCAAUACUGGAUAGGUGUUUUGAAGAACCCUUCAAAAGGAGACAGGGCCUGGGUAUUUGAGGCUGUUGUGCAUGUGCUGAUACACCCAUGUACACUCAAGUCAAAAGGUCUCCAUUCUGCCUACAGAGACCUAAUGACCCAAAAGAGGGCGGCUGAAUCCUGAAGAGCAGAAAUAUGGCCAGGAUUUGUUGGGAGGGAAAAGGUGAAUCCUGAUAUUUCCCUUAAAAGGGCUAAUGAUUUAUCUGGGAGAAGUACCAGAAGACAAGGGCACUUAAAUAGGAACACUUAGUGUACACAUAAUAAUCUCUUGGAGCUAAAGCCUUGGCACAUCGGCUGAGGCCAGUGGUUUUGUGCACUCACGAACAUUGUCUUACUCAUUCAAGUGAACAACUGGAGAGGUCAGUAGACGGUUGCGCUUUUAGGAUUCCCUCUCUGUCCUCCAUAAAAAUACAGUUUCAGAUAUCCUUGCAAGCAAGUCUGCAAAACCUACUAGACAACGCAGGGCUGACUGAAGCCAUUUACGGCACACCAAUGGCCUGAGGAGAGGGAAAGCGCCAACUCUCUUUCAGAACGCAAAACACUUCUCUGCUUGGAAGCAGCCCUGGUCUCCCAGAGGUUUGUCUUAUUCACCAUAGGUGAGUAUUUACAAGCCAGAACUAAGACCAGAGUAGCAGGCAUCAAAUAAAGACCAGUCCUCUGUAAAAUUGAACCCAGAGUCAGAGUUGUGAGGGGUUUCGUAAGGGAUCAAGCAUUUUUGUGAAAGGAAGAAGUGGGGGGGGGGUUGGAGCUCUGGGUUCAGUCCUCCAACCUUGGAAGAAAUCUUGGUGUGCCUCUGAGCUCACAAUUUCUCCCAUUCAUUUCAAAUAAGCCUGUGCAGGAGAACUUUCCAGUGGGUUGUGGCUCAUGUUUAUUAUUAGCACAUAUGACUGGGGCUAUUUGGACUUUCUACUUUCACUACUGAAAGGUUGUUGGUCUCCAUUCUCCUAGAGGCAAUCUUGUCCUCAGCAGGUUUGCUUGGAGGAAACUUUCAUUGAUUUUGUGGGACCUCUGCACAAAAAUGCUUAGGAGGGCAGCUGCCCUAGGUUGACUCCCUUCUGUGCAAAUAGGGAAAUAGCGGAGGCAGAUUAGGAAAGUGCGACUGGUUCGGUCACAGUGGGUGCAGAGCCUCAGGGGCGCCACAGGGGGUGCUGCAACCAUGAUGUAGAAUGGAAGGUGAGAGGCAGGGUGGACCGCUGAGUUUUGGCAUCGCACAGGGUGCCGCUGAAUUUUAAGACCCCAAGAUCUGCCACCGGGAAUAGGAUGGGGAAAUGGGAGGUGGCCAAACAGCAGCUUCCAGAAUAAAAGCCCACCACUUUGCAAUAUCCACCUCCAAGGGGAGGAUAGCAGGCUGGAGCAAAGUAUUUUUUGCUAUAAACCUAAAGAGGAAGUGGUAGGGGUGUUGUUAGGCAAGGACCUGAGCCCUGGGCCUUUUGCACCAGGAUUGUCUAACCCCGCCCACUUUAAAUAUAAGCUGAAAAUCAGUUUAUAUGUGCAUCCUUACAUAAAAAAUUAGCAUAUGCAUGUUAUGCAAAUAUGUGUUAUAGACUGGCUGAGUCUCACGUCCUUUAAUGACCUAGCAACACUCCUGAGGAAGUUGCCUGAGACCAGUUAGAAAAAUGAGCAAGCAAAGCAGGGAUGGGGGGAGAUUUUGGAGGUGGGCAGGAUGUGCUGUGAACAAGUUAUUGAGAUACAGCUCAGGCAUGGAUUUCCCUCAUAAAGGCUAAAUGGGGUGGGGAAAGAGAGAGAUGCAGGCUGGCAUUUUGAUGACAUUGACAUCUUAUAGAUGCUGCAUAAAACUUGGGUGAAUGAGGGGCUCCUAUCCCAUAGUAAAGAAUCAUCUUAUAAGAUGUGGUGAUACCUGGCUUGCCAAGGAGUACAUGUGAAAGGGAUUUGGGUGCCUUAGUGGACCACAAACUUAACAUGAGCCAAGAGUGAUGCAGCAACAACAAAAGCUAACGCUAUUUUCGGCUGCAUCAACAGAAAUAUAGUGUUCUGAUGAAAGGAAGUAAUAGUUCCACUCUCUUCUGCCUUGAUCAGACCACACCUGGAGUACUGUGUCCAGUUCUGGGCACCAUAAUUCAAGAAGGCUAUUGACAAGCUGGAACGUCUACAUAGGAGGGCAACUAAGAUGAUUAAGGGCCUGCAAACCAAGCCUUAAGAGGUAUGGUUGAGGGAGUUGGAUAUGUCUAGCCUGGAUAAGAGGAGACUGAGAGGAGAUAUGAGAGCCAUCUUCGAAUAUCUAAAGUGCUGCCACAUGGAAAAUGGUGCAAUCUUGUUUUCUCUCACUCCGGAGGCAAGGACUUGGAUUCAAGUUACAAGAAAGGAGAUUCCAACUAAACAUCAGGAAGAACAUCUGACAAGUUAAGAGCUGUUCAACUGCUCAAUGGGCUCCCGCAGAAGGUGGUGGCCUCGCUUUCCUUGGAGGUUUAAAAACAGAGGUUGGAUGGCCAUCUCUCGUGGAUGCUUUAGCUGAGAUUCCUGCACUUCAGGGGGCUGGACGAGAGGACCUAUGCGGGUCCCUUCCAAUUCUACAAUUUUAUGAUUCUAUGAAACGGGGAAGAUUACUUUAAGGGCUUUUCCCAGGCACAGGGAGAGUGGAAGGAUUUCAAUAAAUUAUUUCCCUCCAUGGGUGGAUGUUGAGGAAGUUUCUCUUCCUAUCAGAACAGGGUCCCAACAAACAAAAGAGGCAGAAAGCAUAAUCUUUGGUGUUUGUAUAAUGCUUUAAGAUGUCCAUGCAUUAUCUUGUAAUCCUUACAGUGACGGAUAAGGGAGAAAUUCGAUUCAGGCCUCAUCCAAACCUCUGCUUGUCUGGUGCCUAGAAGGCACAGGUUCCAGUGGUUUGCCCCAUGUCCUGCUCCUUUCCCAGGGAAAACUUGUUCUUUAGCUCUAAAUCAGAGCAACUGUCAAGCCGGAGAAAACACAAAUUGCUAUUUGCUGUGAUUGAGCACUAAAGAGUGGGGGAAAGCAGCAGGACAAGAGGAAGUGUGGCUAAGCCCUCAGCUCUCAUUAUAAAACCAAAUGUAUCAAAUUCACACUUUCCGAAACAGCAUGAGAAUCAAAAUACAGAACCACCCUUCAACAUUCACACAUAUCUGAAUUUUGCAAUGCAAUUCUCUAACUAACCGAUGAUUACAAAAAUGCAUAUAUUAGGGAGAGAUGGGUAUACAAAUGAAUAUAAUACCAGUGAAAGCAACAUACAAAAUGCAUUAUAGUAGGAGAAAUUGCUUGCAAAAAGUCAAAACUGUAGGCAAAAAUGUAUUUGUUGGGAGAAAUUUGCACUGAAAUGCUGAAGAAUUUCCAUGAGGAUUUGAAAAAAGAAGAAAUUUAAGAAAUUGCUGCAUAAACCAGGAGAAGUGCAUGUAAGAUUGGAAAAAUGAGAAACUGGGAAAAGGGAAACUGACAGAUCCUUCCAUCCUUACUUACAACACCUCUGCAAGGCAGAUCCGUGUUGUUCUACUGUUGCAGAUGGGGCAGAAUGCUUUCUCUAAGCCAGCCUCCCCUAAGCUGGUGCACCAUAGAUGUUUGGCUGGGGCAGAUGAGAAAUGUAGCCGAAACAGCUGGAGGACACCAGGUUGGGGAUGGCCACAUUCAGCUGUAUCUCUCCUCUGAUCUGAUGCAUACUCUCCAACUCCCCCCUUGUCAUUGAGGGUUGUCACUCUUGGUAGUUACCUCUGCAUCUGAUGUAGCAACUCUGGUACAUGUAAGGAAUUCAUAGUCAACCUAGUUUAACUGUAGUUAACAGACCUAAUGGUUUCGUGGCACUGGUGGAGAACUGUACCUUGCAUCCAAUUAUCAUCUGACAUCCCGGUUAGUGUUUCCUUCUGUUUGUUGCUGUGAUUAACUUACAGCUUGUUGAGGGCAAUGGACAUUUCUUGUCCUCUAAGGUUUCCCAUAAUACAACCCCAUUUUCAUAAGCCAUCUCUGGCCCAGUUUGAGAUUCUUACCCACCUAUAUUGGAGCUUCCUUUUUCCUGCUGGGGGUUCUGGGAAGAGAAAGGGGUUGAAACCUCACUGACCUGCCUUCUCCAUCUUUGAGGUGUUGGUUUAUUAGGUAUGAUGAAGGUGGUGGUGGUUUUAAUUUAUUACCCUUACUUCUCCCUAAGGUCACAGGGUGGGUUGCAAGAAUUUAAAAUGCAAUAUUAAAAACAGUUUAGGGCAACGUAACACUCACAGAAAUAGAGUGGGUCCCAAAAAUGUAGAUUUCAGGUGUCAAAGGCCAGGGUGAAGACAGAUACACCCCUGUGAGGAGGGCAUUCCACAACUUAGGGGCUGCCACAGAGAAGGCCCUAUUCCAAGCUGCUGCCAUUCCUGAACUUCCGAGGGCAGCAGAACUACCUGCUUUGCUGAUCUUAACACCCAAGGGGGUCUGUAGGGAAGGAGGCGGUCUUUCAGAUAUUUGGAGGGCUUUAAUACAAACACUUUGAAUUGGGCCUGGAAUUGAACUGGCAAUCGAUGCAGCUGUAUUAAAACAAGGGUUAUCUGAGAUCUAAAUAGAGCACCAUCCACUAAUCUGGUCGCUGCACUUUGGACCAGUUGAGGUUUUCGAGUCCUAUUCAAAGGCAGGCCCACAUCAGGGGCACCCUGAGCGAGGACAGAAAUUGGCACCCCCUAAUUUAGAGUAGGUACCUAUAUAAAUAUAGGUUUGAUGAUGAUACUGAUCAUUUUGCACCCCCUCGGUUUGGUGCCCUGUGGGGGAAACGCUCACACUUCCCUAAAUCCAGCGCUGCCCACACAGAUUGCAGGAGUAUGGGGUAUGGUCACUUUUCCCGGGAUCUGGCGCAAGACUAUUUUCUGCUACUCCAGAGGGUAGGAUUCAAACCAAUGGAUUCAAAUGGCAAGAAAUUAGAUUCUGGCUAAACAUUAGGAAGGACUUUCUGACCGUAAGAGCUAUUCAACAGUGGAAUGGACACCCACGGAAGGUGGUGGACCCUCCUUCAUUAGAGGGUUUUAAAACAGAGGUUCAUUGACCAUCUGUCAGUGAUUAUUUAGCUGUGGUUUCUGCAACACAGGAGGUUGGACCUUUGGGCCCCCUUCCAACUGUGCAAUUCUAUUAUUCUGGUUGAUUGUUUCUUUGUUUUUAAGUUUCUGUCCCUCAUGACUGCAGAGAAAAGGUCUAACAGCUUAAGGUUUAGGAUUCAGAGGAGGGCUCAGAUAGGAUGUACAGCGGUUAGGUGUAAAAUCUCCAGACCUCACAGAGCUUUCUGCCCUGCCAUAAUGUGUGCGUGUGCUCCUUAGCUAGCUCUGUGCCUCUUGCCCCAUCCCACUCUCCAGCAUCCCAUACCUCUCACCCUUACCUAAUCUACACAUUAGAACUGGGACAAAUAAUCCCUUUUUGAACAGAAGUAGAUCUUCUUCAAAAUGGUGCCUCACUUCUCCUGCUCCUAAAACAGCAGUAGGAUAUUGACUUCCAGUUGAUUAGACUCAUGAGGCUGUUCCCCCACCCCCCAAAUCACAGCCACCUGCCCAAUAACUGGCAUCAAGUGUGACAUCAGGUGAUGGGGCAGGUAAAGACAUGGUGGGAAUUCCACAUCAGGAAUUCCCUAGUGUAGCUAAUGGGGCCAAUGUCAGCGCUGACCAGCUUUUGAAGGUGUGAUCAGCUUUUGAGCAUUAAGAGGAGCACCUUUGAAAUCCAUUGGUGCCGUUUCACCCUCUCCUGGGGUGGAGAACAUCUGUGGCCCUCCAGAUGUUGCAUGACUACAACUCCCAUAAUCAGGCUGAGGCUGGUGUGCGCUGGAGUGUCAGUGGGGGGGGGGCACAGGUUCCCCACCCCUGCUCUGUUUUCAAGGUAACUCAAAAAGCCACCUUUCCCAGGCUAAGUUCUGCAUCUGAGAGUGUCAUGCAAAUGGUGCCUCCUUUACAACAGGUUUCCUGUUCUCUUAUGCAAAUAAUUUCCCCCUGUCCCAGUCAGCAUAGAAGGGCUGUGUGUCGACCAGAAAGGGAGGCAAAUUUCUGCAGCUCACACACUAGACAGAGAUUCCUUGAGUCCAGCCGCAAAUCUGCAUUCACACCCCAGCUGUUGGUUCUGCCUUCGCUUCACAGUAGAGGCUUUGGUGCAUUGCGAGAAAGAAAUAGACAGAGGCACGUGUGGCAGUAAGCAAGGUAAGAGCAUGGAAAAAAUACAACCAUAGUGUAUAGUGGCCAUUAUGUGCAGCAGGACCAGGGGACUUUUUGUCCUUCUCAAACUGGGUGCACCCAGGCGGUUCUAAUUUGGGGGAGUGAGAGGAUUUCCCUGUCUGCAGUCCAGAAAUGUGGGCACUACAUUCUCUGGGUCAUACCUAUCAUGCAACAAGGUGAAGUCUGCUUCAGGAGCUGCCAUGGUGGGUGUUGACAAAGGUAGGAAUUGGUGUCUGACCCUGGGAAGAAGUGUGUUUGUGAGAUGAGAGGGAGAGAGGGAGAGAGAGAGAGAUUUGAGCAUCAUUAGAAGGAAUGAAAUGUCUUCGGCUGCGGCGUCUGUAGUGUCGUUGCUGCAUAUGACUGAGAGACUCUCUCUGGAGGGCCAUCAUGAUUGGCUUCAGCUUGGACUACAGCCCCCAUCAGCCCCAGCCAGCACAGUUGAAUGAUGCUGGGGCUGAUGGUAGUUGAAGUCCAAAAAAAUCUGGAGAGUGCCAGGUUGGAGAAGGCUGGCUUAAAGAAGUCACCCUCCUUUCCAUUUCCAGCAGACGGCAAAACGCUCAGUUUGAUGCCUCCUGUUCUGAAAUACGCUCCCCUAAACCUAUAUUUUCUUUUAGCCAGUUUCAUCUUUAUUUUGGCUCCCAAAAAUAUUGGCAACAUUUAUAUCAGCCUUUCCCCAAGCUGGUGCCCUCCAGAUGUUAUGGAGGACAAUUCUCAUCAGCCCCAGCCAGCACAGCUGUUGUUGCCAAGGGGUUCUUGCCAUGGAAGCACAACUUAGCUUAUUUGCCAACAAAGCAGAAGAAUUUAGAGAAACAGAGUAGAAUCAUGAGUUCAAAGGGAAAUGGCUUAUCCUCGACCACAUUUAGAAAUAGAGUGAAAAAUGCAGCAUUUACCUCCUGAGUUUUACUGGGUACGUUUUAAUCUUGGCUGAUUUAAUAGCGGAGAGAAGCAAAAGGGGAGAAGGGAGAUAAAAAUUCCCUCUUCUGAAUGUUCCCAUGCAGACAAGCCCAGUGACAUGACCUUGAAGCAACACCAGCUAUUGCAGCCUUCUGGCAUUUAGUGCCGUCUGGGUGUUUUGGACUGCAACUCUUGUCUAGCUGGGGUUGCUAGGAGUGGCAGUCUUAAACAUCUGGAGGGCACCAAGUUGGGGAAGGCUGCCCUGUUGAAAAAGUAAACAGGUGCUCCCUUCCAUGAAUUUCUUGUUUGCACUCCAAUACCAAACCCUUACAGCUCACCAGUAAUAUCUGGCGCAAAAGUAGCUGGUGGGUUUGAUUUUCCUCUUCGUCUCUUGAACUUGCUGCCUGAACAGGUUUUUGCUUUUGUUUUAAAGAACAAGAGUAGAGAACCUUUGGCCCUCCAGCUGUUGUUGGGAAAUGAUUCCUAGCUUCCCUGACCCUUGGUCAUGCUGGCUGGGGCUGGCUGGAGGGCUGCAGGUUCCCCAUCCCUGUUUGAAAGAGGGAGAAUGAGAAUAUACUGUAUGCAGCUGUUGGGCAGCCCUUUCGUGUGACACGAGCACCGAAAUACAUAUCAGCUGGAUGCAGCUUGGUUUUAGAAUGUGGGGAGACAAGCCAUGCUUGAGGGUCAUAGAGAAGGCGUAACAUAAUAACUGCUUGCAGGGUGGGAUCAGAAUGCUUUUGCUCGCUUCUAUUUCUGUUCUUUCUCCAAAGGAAAAUGAAAAAAAUGGCUUAAUUGUGCGGAGGGCAGGGGGCCUUUUUUGGCUGAAUCAAAAAAGGUCUGUGGAAGGAAGAUGGGGGAAACAAAUGGGGAGACAUGCAAGGAUGAAAGAGUUGGCUGGUAGCUUCGGGGACGUGCUCUGCUGCUGCUGCUGCUGCUGCUGCUAGGAACAAUUUCACUACAGUGCAGCUGUUGCCAUGGCAGCCUCAGCACCUGUUGCUAUGUGUAGCAAGGAUGGGUAUUGAAAUGCUUGUCCCUUCUCUUCUCUGCCCCAAAUCUCAUCCUGAACAUAACACCCCAGUGAAGGAGUCGGGGGGGGGGUCAGAAAAGCCUGAAAGGGAAGCUGUUAUUCAUAAUCUCUUUAUUGUUAAUCAAAAGAGGUAGCUAUUUUGGUCUGUUAGAGCUAAAUCUACAGAGACGGUGGAACACAGCCGUUAUUAGGGCUGGCAAAGGUUCGCAAUGUAGCUGCAAGCUUUUCAGUUACACAGAGCUCUUCCUCAGUCUGGAAGUAAGGAUACCCUCUUCUCGAAAUAUCUAUUUAUUCACACAAGUGUGUGCCUGUGUGCCUGUGUGCAUUAUACAGAUAUGUAACAUUUUGCCUGAAGGUGGAAUACAGCGCAACACAUCAUGUCACCUAUAGAGCUUUUCAGAGCCCUUUAAAAUGCAUGUCCCAUUUUGUUGUGGCAAAAUGGAUGUGAGCUUUCAGGCUGCCUGAUCUGGAAAUUAAACAGUUCCUGCCCACCUCCAAACCCAGCAGUCUUUCAGCUGCACCAUGAGCAAAACCUACAACAUUUGGAGCAUUUUUGUUUAGAAAGCAGGUGACGGGUGGAGGGGGGGAGGAAUGGGACAUGGCAGAGGCUCACAACUUCAUAGAGGAUAAAACUAUCAGUGGCUGCUAGUUGUGAUAACUCUAUAGAAUGGUGUUAUGGUUCAGUGGUUAGAGCAUAUACUUUGCAUGCAGACGUUCCCAGGUUUAAUGCCCCAGGGCAUCUACAGGCAGAGCUGCGAAGCCUCCCUUCCAUCAUCAGAGACUGAAAUGCAGGGUGGGUGGGUGGGUUUGAUGUGUGCUGUGACAUUUCGCUAGGUGCCUACUCCCAUUUUGUUUCCAUCAGCCCAAAGGAAAGGAUGCUGCAUGCGUGACAAUUUUCUUUUAUUUCUGUAUUAUAAAAAUGCAGCUCUUUCUUGCAAAACUGCUCUAGCACAAAACAGCUGUUUAUUAUUAUUUUUUUUACAAAAAACCCAAACCAUAAGAUUUGCUUCAUGUGUGCAAACAAGCGAGAACAGCACAGACUUAGAGUGCGGAGGUGGGGGAGGUGAGCCAUCUUUCUGGCGAUAAGUAUAUAGAGAUGUGACCAAUUUUCAAUUACUCAGUCUGCAAAGGGGCUGGAACUCAGGGAGGGUGGACAGCAGCACACAGCCCAAAUACAACCCAGGAUGGACUGGCUACUUCUGUGCUUAUUAGGGUCCUUCAGGAGGAAUAAAUACAAAAAAUGCAAUGUGAACUGGAAACAUCAAGACUGAAAGCACUCAUGGGUGCAUGAUGGCACACAAAUGUGCACAUGGGGAAAUUGGCCUGUGCAUGCAUUAAUGCCCUAGUGUGGACACAGCCUCAGGAUGAGGCAGCUGGUAUGUUCAGAAGGAACCUACCUCUGAAUUGUAAGGCAAGGGCGGUCUCUGGCCUUCCUGGGGGUUCUGACUGGCCACUGUCGGAAGCAGGAUGCAGAACCAGGCCUUUGAUCUGCUCCAGGUGGGCUCUUAUGUUAACCUUUCUCUGCAGAAAAUAUCCCCCACUUCUCCACCUCUUGUGCGUAUGGAAGGCUGCAUGGAUACAUGAUUUGUGCUGGAUGUAAUAGCUGGGCAGAGACAAAGAAAGAAUUGGGUUUCCUGUUAGGGUCUCCGGCCAUAUCACCCCACUCCUCUCUGCUGGCUGGCACACCUUUUUCACCACACAGCAGUUUAUUGUGUGCUUAGUGCUGCUCCUGCAUGCAAGCUUUGCCGUGUCCAUAUCACAUUUUUCUCAUCAGAAUGUAUGUUAUUUCCCCAUUUGAUCUGGAUCUACCAUUUCCAUGGAAAAAUUGAUAAGUAAAAAAACGACAAUAGCAAAAGCAAACCAGUGACAACCUGGAUUUGGAUUAAAUGGGGGCAGGGGGGUAUGGGAUGGCAGUUUUAUGAGGACAAGGUUGUGUGAGUGCAGCAAACAACCACAACACUGCCUGCCUCUAAACUGCUGCAUGGAAGCACUUCUGAUCCCAGCUGCCUUCAAGAGCAAAAACCGAACCGAAGGAUGGAAUCUCUCCUCCCAGCCUUUGAUUUCCCUGAAGGUCAACAAAAUAACUAUCUCUUGAAAUGCAAGAGGGGAGGGUAAACAUGUGAAGUGUGCCCUCGUCAGUUGCUUGGCACCGAGAGAGAAGUGACAGAGGGGAAUUUAACUGGCAAGGGAAGGGAAGGAUUUUGCAUCUCCUUUGCUUGAGCAGGUGGGGAAGGGGGAUGUGGGCAAGGGGGUCACCUGCCUCCACCUUUUGACACCUUCUUCAAAACACAAACUCCAAUUAUGAAGUCAAGCUAUUGGUUCGUGCCGAUCUUUGUACUGCAGCCUUGUCCAACCUGUUGCCUGCCAAGGCUGCUGGGGGCAGGGAUGAGGGCAGCAGAGGAGGGAGACAGGUUGGAAGAAAGCUGCAAUGGGAGGCGCUGGUUCAGGGCAGAACUGCAUUAUUGCACAUGUGAACGCUAAGGGCACCAUCAGGGCUGCAGUCUGAUGCUUGCUUACAUAAGAAUCAGCCACACGGAACAGACAUCCAUUUAAAGAACUACCAUUCCACAGCCAUAUCUUCCCCCAAAGAACCCUAUUCCCCUCACAGAGCUACAAUUUCCAGUGUGACUUGUAUCCCUCUUUCACAGGGAACUCUGGGAAUCAUAGCUCUGUGAGGGGAAUAGGGGUCUCCUAACAACUCUCAGCACCUGUAACAAGCUACAGUUCCCAGGAUUCUUCGGGAGAUGCUGUGACGCUUGAAAGUGGCGUAAUAGUGCUUUCCGUGUAUGGUACAUUGGAUGGUGUGUGUGUCGUGUGUGUCGUGCUGUAACAGUGCACAAAAGGCUGCGUUUGUCACGAGUGAGAGAGAGACUCAUCCAAGCAGGGGCUUUUUUUCUGAGCUAACUUCCAAGGGAAGAAAUGGAGAGAGAGCCCCAUGCAAGGAUGGCAGAAGCGAGCGCCUUCCCAUCAGCCAUCUGUUGUUCAGAGUGAACUAGCGAGGAAGUGCCAAGGCUGCGUGGGAGCCCUCGCUGGCGAUGGAGGAUUCGUCAUCUCUGCCAAAAUAGGCCGCCUGUUAAACUGUAUAGGAAGUCGGGGGGGGAUAGCACCCUUUUUUUAAGUUGGUGGCUUUCCUUGUGGUCUGGGCCGGUCCUGCUAUUAGCCAAAUGGAGGAAACCACCUCAGGUGUCAGUCCUGGAGGGGCAGCAAUGGCAGACCCCAACUGUUCCCCUGAGGCUGUCUCUAGCUAUUCCUCUUUGUUGGGGGGCAGUGCUGUGUACAUCACAUGUCCUGCACCCCCCGCCCCCCAAAAAACUAGCCUGCUCCCUGCAGGUGCAGUUGAGAAUGCUUGUAUUGAGGAAAGAAUCAGUCAUUCUCCGUAUACAGGAAGGAUGUGUGAUGCCAUCUUGUCCUUUGUCUCAGGCGGGAAAUUUUAUUAGUCUGACCCUGCCUGCAAUAUGUGGGUUGAUAGGUCAAGGGGCAGAGAAAUGGAGGGGAGAGCUGUGUGACAAUGUAUGUUUUUCUCCAGUGGAUGCUGUGAGUCCCCUGAUGAAGGGAAGUGGUGACAGAGGGCCAAACAAGGGAAUAACACUGUUGUUGUUAUAUCCGUUGCACAUAGGCCAGGGGUUUACUAUCGCUGACGACAUGUCGCUCUUUCUCUAGAACCAGCAAUGGGAAAACACAACAGCAAACUGGCUCCAGAGAUGCUGGACGACCUGGUGAGGAGCACUGAGUUCAAUGAGCAAGAGCUGAAGCAGUGGUACAAGGGCUUCCUGAAGGACUGCCCCACGGGCAUCCUCAAUCUGGAGGAAUUCCAGCAACUCUACAUCAAGGUAUGGUGGCGGUGGCAGGGAGUCCGUGGUCUGUGCAAGGAUGCAGGGGCUGCCUUGGUGGGCCUUGUUGAGGUCCUGCUGUCUGAGCCUGGCACAGCAGCAAAGCUUGUUCCCAUAGGACAGGGACCCUCAGGCCCUCCCUGACUGAAUGUGUUGCACAUGAUGACCCUUGGGGUUCCUUCCAGCCCUACAAUUCUAUGAUUCUGUGAUCUCCACGUUGGGAAAUUGCAACAUGAAUACAAUAGGGGAAAGAGCAGAGCAUGAAUUCUGCAAACUGCUUGUGAUAUUUUCUGCAAUAUUGCCUUGCCAUUGUCAGCUGAUGCUGGUGCAGCUUGUAAGCAGAGCUUUCCCAUCUAGGCUUUAAAUUGGAAAAGGCUUGAAUCCAAUAUAGGUGGCCUAUGCCAAGUCUUUGCCCGGCUGUUGCCCACUGGCCUCCCAGAUUGCUGCUAGCUGCUUUCCCUCUCAUGGCUGCUCCUAUCCCAUCUUAUCUCCUUGUAGUUUUUCCCCUACGGUGAUGCCUCCAAGUUUGCCCAGCAUGCAUUUCGCACGUUUGACAAGAACGGGGAUGGGACCAUCGACUUCCGGGAGUUCAUUUGCGCUCUCUCAGUCACCUCCAGGGGAAGCUUUGAGCAAAAGCUGAACUGGGCCUUUGAGAUGUACGACUUGGAUGGAGACGGCAAGAUAACACGCUUGGAGAUGCUGGAGAUAAUUGAGGUAUGGGAGGACGCUAGCAAUCUCUGUGGGUGUGUUUCUUCCUCAGCCUUGGUGGAUUAGAUUAGUAUAGUGCAGGCUUUGGUAACCCAACACUCUCCAGAUGUUAGGGCUGGCUGGGGCUGAUGGGAGUUGUAGUCCAAAGCCUCUGGAGGGCCCUAAGUUGACAAAAACUCGUUUGGGGCAUGAGCACUACAUAGGAAGCCUCCUGUAGACAGCCAGGUAAGCUCUUUUCCUGGGAUGGCAAGACACUGAUAACAGCAAUUACCUCUACCUGCCCUCUGAGACUAGUCCCAAGCAGAUAUCUCCUGGAUGAAGAGACAUCAGAGUGUCUCUGAGCCACAGAGCCAUGUCCUCAGUCCUUCCUCCUUUGCCUUCCAGGCCAUCUACAAAAUGGUGGGCACCGUCAUCAUGAUGAGGAUGAACCAAGAUGGGUUGACGCCGCAGCAGCGUGUCGACAAGAUCUUCACAAAGAUGGACAAAGACAAAGAUGACCAGAUCACCCUGGAAGAGUUCAAAGAAGCCGCCAAGAGUGACCCUUCCAUUGUCCUCCUGCUGCAGUGUGACAUGCAGAAGUAGAGGGAGGGUCCCAAUGCACAACUCACCCCCCGCCUCCCCUGGCCUGGCCUACCCAUCCUUGCAUCUUUCCCCCCUUCUCCUGGGGAGCUGCAGACUCCACUCCCUGGGACAGGAGGCACUGUGUUUCGCACAGCCUCCUGGGCCCCAAACAAGGCCCCGCCAUGCAAUCCCCUGGGGCCUGCAGCUCAUAAUUUGCACAGUUCCUCUGGCCAUUGCUCUUGUGACCUCACCAAGGUCCUAUUAGAAUGAAUUUCUUCCGUCUCAGCCCUCUGGUCCCACCAUCUCUGGGGCCCGUCAUCCCUCUUGCCUCCCCCUUUGCACCCGGACAUUCCCAAGAACAUACAGGCCAACUUACCUUUCGAUGGCUUGCCUAUAUAUCCAUGAUCCUUGACAACUGCAAGGUCUUGUAAUCCUCAGAAGUCUGUUAUCCUUCACUUCAGUUGUAGCUUUUAGGAUUAGGGCAGAUCUCUUCCCUCCGGUGACCCUCUAACGUAAUCUUCAGAUGUGCCCCUUGAACAACAGCUCUGGGGCAGCCAUUUCCCUCCCCUGCCCUGUAAUUCCCCCUGCCCAACACACUCAGCUUGAAGCCCCAAAUGGGGAACAGGUCAUUUCUCCCCUCAACACCUUUCCUACCCCUUUCUUCACAGCCAUGAAUAAUGGCAGCAGCAAAAUGUCCUAGCAAUGGGCAAAGGUAUUCUUUCCCCCUCUAGACUCUCCUCCUCCUCCUCCCUUCCUUGAAAAUAGAGUGGCACCACCUGCCAUUGAAGGGGAUGCCAUUGCCAGAGGUAAGAAGUGUUUCUGGGUAAUCAUAGGACAGCAUUCUCCAAUCUGGUGCUGGCUAGUGCUGAUGGUUGUCGUCCAAAACAUCUGGAGGGCACUGUGUUGGGUAGCACUGUCCUAAGAUGGCCGUGUUGAAAAUGCAGGGUGUUCUGUGUUUGCUCUUCCUGAAUCCUUUGCUCUUGCCAUCCCAUCUACUAAUGCAUAGGGGGAAAGAAACACCUGCAUUUCAAAAGGGCCAAAGAAUUUUAGAUAGGUGGAGGAAAUGCUAUAGGAUUCUGGGAUUCUGGCAUUCCAUGAUUGAAGCAUCUCUCCUUCUUCCACCCAACAUGAGACAACAGUCAGGUUUUUUGGUGGGUAGGGGAUGCUCAACUGCAUUGCAAAUAGAGUUAUUGUACAUUUUAUAUUUGGCUGCAAAGGGAGCCCCUUUGAAACACAGAACCUGAGGCUUGCAUUUUUAGGGUCCAGCUUUGAAUGCUGGCAGAAACCUAAUGCAGAAGAUCUGUGGUUCUGCAGAUGUUGCUGUGGUCCCCAACUCCCAUCACCUCUGACAGAUGGUUUUGCUGAUUGAGGCUGAUGGGAGUCGGAGUCCAGAAGCAUCUCCAGAGCCUUCUGUUCCCUACUCUUGACCUGAUCACCCCGGUCUGGAAGAGCAGGGCCAGCCCUAGACCUUUUUGGUGGCUGAGGCAAGACACACUGCCGACACACACACGGAGAGAGAUCCAGGCCUGCUGGAAGGAGACCAGCAGUAAUGUAGCCAGCACCAGGUUGGGGGAAUGCUCCCUUUUCACCAAGACUCUCCCUGGCUUUGGCUUUCAGCUGUGUCUUUGGUUUAUCCAAAACUGAGAUGGAAGCCAUUGCCACCAAGGCCAGAGAAGGGUGGCAGCUGGAAGAAAAAUGGCAGCUGGGAUCAGGAUCUCCUGUCUCUUGUGGAGCAUGCUGCCCAUUGCUUCAGGUUGCCUCAUUGGUGCACUGGCGGUGUGGAAGAUAAUGCUGGGUUUUGUUUUGCUAUUUUACUGUAGGCGAGGAAUGCAUUUUGCCCCCAGGUUGAGCAAAAACAGAUUUGGUUUGGAGCCAAACAAUCCUAUGUCAGAAUUGCUGGGGCAGGGGGACCUGGUGGGAGGGGUCUCUGCUUUUUGCUGGGACAGUGCUGCACUUCCCAGACAGCCCUCUCUUCUCCCCCCUACUCACCCCCUCUUCUCCCACCCCUCUUCCAGAUUGCAUUUGGCCUGUGGCAAUGUGGUUGUGUGAAGCUCUUGGCCCGGAGUGAGUGGGUGGGCUGUGUGCCCUCUUGUUCACUCCUUGAAAGUUUACAAUUUUGCAAACUUGCACUGUGACGGAAGCCGCGUUAGCCCGUUUUUCCAGGCAUGAAAUGUGGGUGAAACGUAAAGAAAAUGCCCCAAUUUGAGCAAAUAGAAGAAGGCAUUGAAGAAGGCAAGACAUGAAGGGUAAAAUAAAUAUGGGGAUCCUCUGUAAUGCCAACUAGAGGAAUCAAGUGGAAAAAAAAUAUUACUAUUGUUAUUAUUUUUGGGACACUCUUGGCAGGGCACCUGGUGCAGGAGAAGACCUGGGAGGUGGGAGUGGGCUGGCUAUGCUGAGCUCUCCAAAAGACUCAGCUCCAAAGCAGUGAAACUGCAUAGAGAUGAGCCCUAAGACCAAGGUUCAGACCUAGUGCUGAGCAAUAGUUUAGCCUUAGGAGGAUGAGCCACAGCAAGUCUCCUUACAGACUCUCUUCUCCCCCCUUCCUUCACCUCCUCUAGCAAUUUGCAUGGAGGAGUUCAGAAGCUUCUACUUCUGAUUAACUGCAGAUUCCAGUGUCAUCUGAAACUGCCUAAAUUACCGUAUUUUUUGCUCUAUAAGACUCACUUUUUCCCUCCUAAAAAGUAAGGGGAAAUGUGUGUGCGUCUUAUGGAGCGAGCAAAUGCAGGCUGCGCAGCUAUCACAGAAGCCAGAACAGCAAGAGAGAUUGCUGCUUUCACUGCGCAGUGAUACCUCUUGCUGUUCUGGCUUCUGAGAUUCAGAAUAGUUUUUUUCUUGUUUUCCUCCUCCAAAAACUAGGUGCGUCUUAUGGUCUGGUGCGUCUUAUAGAGCGAAAAAUACGGCAACUCUUAACGAUAGUUAGCAGAAACAAGCCAACUUCAAACCAUAAUUUAGGAAUCUGGUUUCUUUCAAUUCAAACCACAUUAAGAUUAACUGCACCAUAAGGUUUGGAUGGCACACUAAACUGUGGUUAAGCAAAAUCUAAAAUGGAAGCAGAAGGUUUGACUCACCUCUUUGCAUCUGCACCAGAGUGGAGAGUCCUUGGGCUUGAGGCUCACCUAGGCUCACUCUUGGAACACCAAGCUGUGGUUUAGCUUAGCACUACAUCUGAAUGCAGCCACAGUAUGGAGCCACAGCCAAUCCCCAGGUCUGCUACCUCCACCCUUCAUUGUCCCCAUCCUGAACUGAAGAUUAUUCUUAGAGAUCUUGUCCUGUCUGCUUGUUGUGGUUUUUGAAUAUUGUAAUAAUUGUUUAGAAACUGUGAUGUUGUUUAUAAAUAUAUACAUACAUAGUCUUUUUUUAAAAAAAAAAUUACUUGGGGGAAAUAAAAUGUGUCCAACACAGUGG